UCGGUCACCUGACCGACAGCAGCCAAUCAACUGGGCCGGAGAAAAAGACGAACCGCUGCAGUCAGUGACUAGUACCGCGGACCCGAGAGAGGACUGACAGGGGCGAGAGGGACGGUUUUAAAAUCCGCAAUGCCGAAUAAAACGAAAAAGGAGAAGGAAACUACAAAAUCAGGAAAAGUGGCGAAAACUGGAAACAAAGAUGCACAAGAAACAGAGAACGAGAGCUGGAGGCAGAAGAACAGCAAUCACCUCCCACCCACAACGCAGUUGAUAAAGGGCAAGCAGUCCAGCUCGCAUUCUUCCGUCAGGAAGGACAAGAGGCCUGGCUCAUCCAGAUUCACCCUGAGCAACAACCGGGAGCUCCAGAAGUUACCUCUUUUCAAAGAUGUCUCCCCGGCAGAGCAGGAGAAGCUCUUUGUGCAGAAGCUGAGGCAGUGCUGCGUGCUCUUCGACUUCGUAUCGGACCCGCUGAGCGACCUAAAAUGGAAGGAGGUGAAGAGGGCGGCGCUCAGCGAGAUGGUGGAGUACAUCACGCACAACCGAAACGUCGUCACGGAGCCCAUCUACCCCGAGGUGGUGCACAUGUUUGCUGUGAACAUGUUCAGGACUCUGCCGCCAUCAUCCAAUCCCACGGGGGCGGAGUUUGAUCCAGAGGAGGAUGAGCCGACGCUUGAGGCUGCCUGGCCGCACCUGCAGCUUGUGUACGAGUUCUUCCUUAGAUUCUUGGAGUCCCCAGACUUCCAGCCAAACGUAGCUAAGAAGUACAUCGACCAGAAGUUUGUCAUGCAGCUGCUGGAGCUGUUUGACAGCGAGGACCCCCGGGAGAGAGACUUCCUGAAGACCACGCUACAUCGCAUUUACGGCAAAUUCCUGGGGCUGCGUGCUUACAUCAGGAAACAGAUCAACAAUAUAUUUUAUAGGUUCAUUUACGAGACGGAGCACCAUAAUGGAAUUGCAGAGUUAUUGGAGAUAUUGGGCAGUAUAAUCAAUGGCUUUGCCUUACCACUCAAAGAGGAGCACAAGAUUUUUCUGUUAAAAGUCCUGUUGCCGUUGCACAAAGUCAAGUCACUCAGUGUCUACCAUCCGCAGCUGGCGUACUGCGUGGUGCAGUUCCUUGAGAAGGACAGCACACUCACUGAACCAGUUGUCAUGGCUCUUCUGAAGUACUGGCCAAAGACCCACAGCCCAAAGGAAGUGAUGUUCCUCAACGAGCUGGAGGAGAUCUUGGAUGUGAUCGAGCCCUCAGAGUUCGUGAAGGUCAUGGAGCCUCUUUUUCGGCAGCUGGCCAAGUGUGUCUCAAGUCCGCACUUUCAGGUUGCAGAGCGAGCCCUGUAUUACUGGAACAACGAGUACAUCAUGAGCCUGAUCAGCGACAACGCGGCCAAGAUCCUCCCCAUUAUGUUCCCGGCUCUGUACCGCAACUCCAAGACCCACUGGAACAAGACCAUCCAUGGGCUGAUCUAUAAUGCUCUGAAGCUCUUCAUGGAGAUGAACCAGAAACUGUUUGAUGAUUGUACCCAACAGUACAGGGCAGAGAAGAAUAAAGAAAAGGCUAAAUCGAAAGAGAGGGAAGAGGCCUGGCUGAAGAUUGAAAAUCUGGCAAAAUCGAACCCACAGUUCCUUGUGUGUGCUGAUUCUUCUGGCCUCAGUAGUCCAGUAGAUAUGGAAACAGAUGGUCCAUUGAUAGAAGAUGUUCAGAUGUUAAGAAAGACUGUAGAGGAAGAAGCGACUCAGCUGCAGAGGGACCAGUACCUGGAGCGGCCCCUAAUGCGGCGCAAGUCUGAGCUGCCUCAAGAUAUCUACACCGUCAAAGCCUUGGAGACCCACCGCCGCGCUGAGGACAUGUUCACCCCUCACGAUGGGCGCUAGGCCCCUCCCUGCCAUCUGGAUCAGCUGCAACACUGACACAGGACCAGCUGGGUGUGUCCCAAGGAUGCCACCUUCUAUGGACCCGCCCCUUUGUGGGCCAGCCCCGCCCCCUGCUCCAAUCAAGCUUUCUCGUUCCGCUUUCUCAGGUGUUCUGUUACGAUGUUUUUCUCUGCCCCCUGCCCUCCCUAUGACUUUCGUUUUUCUUUAUUUUGUUUUGUGCCUGAUCGUGGCGUUACACAGGAGAUGACCUGUUGGUGGAGAGCCCAGUUUAGUGCAGCAUGUGGUAUGGGAAAGGGCUGAGCUGUUUGGUUUUCUCAUUCUCUCCUUCUCACAUUGAGAACUGGCCGAGAGCUGCUGCUGUGGGACCUGCCGCUCCUUCACACGUGCAGCCCAAGGAAAGCAGUCUUUGUGAAGAGCUCUGUGUUAUUUCCAAUACAUGUUUUAAUACUUUGUUUUCUACUGGGGAUAUUCAGCUCUUUUCGCCUUCAGAUCCAAAUAGGAAUCUCUUCCUUUAGAGAGUGUGUCCUGACCUUCGGCCCGUCCAGCAGCAGUCCGUUCAGCAAACUCCUAGAGCCCCCGUCUGACUCCCUCUGCUCAGUUUUAUUUGUGCCAUGAUUUUAUUUUUUAAACUUUCCAUUCAUGCAUCUGUGCAGCUUCGCUCUGAACUGAUGUACAUAUUGGUGGUUCAAACAAUGGUACAUUGCUAUAGCAGGGAGCAACAGUUUGGGGCUUGUUGGCAAAACGUUACAUGUCUGUAUAAAUAUCUAAAUAUUUUUUUUGUAUAAAGUGUAAUUUUUUUUUUUUUUUUUUACAUUUUAGCAACAAGCUCUUAUUUUAUUUAUUGUAUUUUUAAAAAAUUCCUUUAUACUGCAGCUCCAGUGGCCUUGCAGAUUGGCGUCUGACUAGAGGGGAGGCAUUUAGUGAGCUUAGUCCCGUGGAAUUCUGCGCAAUACGGAGCUGGAUUCCUGCAAACCGAGUGUCAGUCUCAAUAUUGACGUGGCAAAUGGAUGAAAAUGUCUUUAACCUUUCUGGUGUUUGGGACCGAUUCUGGAGUUAUAAUGUUUCAUUAAAUCUCAUUUCCUGUGUGGCAACUAGAAAACCUUAAGCUGCCGCUUAGCCCCCACUCCGUAUGUUUCUCUUAUUCAGUUAGCAGCCAAUAUGAUUGACAUAGUGAGCAGGUUGGGGGGGGGCGCUAUUCAGGAGCCCCUGGGAGUAACUGGAGCAAAGGGUAUGUAUGCCACCAAAGCGGCCAUCUGAGCUGUAAGUCAUGACUACAAGAAUGUUCCUGGUGCUCUGUUCUACCUACACUGAGGCAAGGAGCUCUUUGUGUGUGUGUGUGUGUGUGUGUGUGUGUGUGUGUGUGUGUGUGUGUGUGUGUGUGUGUGUGUGUGUGUGUGUGUGUGUGUGUGUGUGUGUGUGUGUGUGUGUGUGUGUGUGUGUGUGUGUGUGUGUGUGCGUGCCUGCCUUUGGGACGGAGAGAUUAGGGAACGGUAUUGGACGAAAUAAAACUAAACCUUUUAUGUUUCUUUUUAAAUUUGACCAUACAUUUGCACAUGUUGAAAUCAGCUCAAGCCUGAUUUGUGACAGUUUGCAAAAGGCUGAACUUGCGAAGAGCCUGUCGAAUUAACUAGAGAGCACUUCCUGUAAAACUUGAACCGGCGUUUUGAUUCUUGUGUCCUUUAGCUGGCUCCGUCUGUCCGCCGUCUGUCCUGUCUGACUGAUUUUUGUUAUUUUCUAAAAUGUAAAUGACACCAUCCUCUUCCAGGCUGUUCUGGAUGAUAAAGGUGCUCCAUCUCCCCGUC